CGUUUUCCUUCUAUUUUCAGUUCCACUUCAAGGUUUCUUAGAUUUUGUAGGAAAUUAUACAUGAAAGUAAGUUGGGCUUUUUUUGUUUAAGUACAACUCAACCAGAAACAAUAGUUCAGAAACAAUCUCUGCCUGACUUAAGGAAUCUGAUAAAGAACUGCUUUUAGUGAUGUUACAGGUUGUUCACAAUCAGACUCCAAAGAACUAACAGUGGCAGUCACUACAUUGCUCUGCAGAUCCUACCUACUGCAGCUCUUGCUGUGUACUGACACAGGACCCUAUCAAUACCUGGGCACAAUGGGGUUAAGCUAAAGAAAAAAAAAAGAAAAGCUAUUUAAUGAUUAGUUCCUGCUCGCAUGAUUGCAACUGAAGCCCUUAACAACAAUGGUUUCUUUAUUUUUAAGAAAAGCACAUCUGGUCCAAAUAAACAGUCGUAGACCUACAGUUCUUGGGCAGUACGGACUGCAGUGCAUCUGUACCAGAAACUGCAUCUCAUUUCUGAAUAUCAUACCAAAACUUUGUGAAAUCUUUUGUUUCCCUUCCCCCCCCACUGAAAAAGCUUGUGCUGUUGCUGCUUUUCCUCCUUUCUGAAGAGUGCAACAAGGCAUUCCCCAAGCAACCGUUACCACAGAAGGAUAAAUACUGUACCCAAGCUGUAGCUGAUUACUAAGAUGGUUUCUAAUUCAAACUUAACAAUAAGGACUCAUCUCGGAACAGAGUUCAGUUCUACGUGAUGUGUGAACUGCAAAGAAAGAUACAAAUAGAUUUUCCCGCUCGUCUGCCACACGAGCAGCCACCCACUGCUUACACCCCAGGCCUAUCGCUCCCUUCCCUUCCCUGGGGGGCUCCAGCAGUAUGAAGGAAGUCAUCUGGAUCCUGAAAAGACAGGCAAGCUCACCUCUCUGGUUUCUGAGUGUGAACACAUUAAGUUCUCUGGUAGAUAAGAUAGGUUUCAUCUAUGGCAAAAGCAAAUAUUUCUGGUAUACUUCAAAACUACCAAAACUUAGAAGCAUAAAGAUGUGCUUUGUUUUUACUUUUACCUGUAAAGUAACAGCUUCAAGAAGAAACAUAUUUCCACAAAUAGCGCUGUUAAUGUCAGUCAUCCUUGAUAGCAUUUGCAUGUGAACAAGAUGUAAUCCACAGCACUCAGAGGAAGCAUUUCAUUUUGGUAAGAGAUAGGAAAGAGACACCGAGCACAACAACCAGCCUUCAGACCUCAGGGUGUCUCACACAUGCAAACCUGAGAAGCAGCAGCACGGACACGAUACAGGAACUUGUCUCACUCCAGGGAUAUUGGACAGAUUAGGAUUAUGGUACAAAUCUGAGUACUACCCUAAUGUAGAGCAGAGCGUAAUACUACUGCUAAUAUCAUCGGUGUAAUUUCAGAGGUUUUAAAGGAAAUGUCACAAUCUGAAGUAUGUUUGCGAUAAACAGCCUUUUGUACAAUAAAUCAGAGAAAUUAGAGAACAAAGAUUUUCCUAGGUAUUUACUAAAUUCUCCAGACAGCUGUGAUAAGAAAUAGUAAUGAUUAAAAGAAGUUACUGCUGCCAUUUACAGGAACAUUUUCAAUUAAAGCUCUCCACUUGGCCAUCUGUACAAGUGCAGUUACUUCUCCCAUAUUUGGGGAAACACGGGAAAGCAAAAGCGGUACUUUGUAGGUUUUACAUGGGUGCCUCCCUUCCUCAUUUAAAAGCAGAAGUGAUGAACCUGAAGAUGUAAUAUGGUUAGCUUUAAAGAGGAGGAACUACCACAGAGUCUGUAUCUACAUCCACAAAUCACUGAGCACUCAGCAGAAAACACUUUCCUCUGUUGGCUCCAUGUUCUUUUUUCAUCUUCAUAUACAUCACAUAAACCUCCAAAUGCUGGAAUUUAACAUUGUAAGAGCUCAAGUCCAAGAGCACCAAUUCAGUCAGGAUUCCAAGCAGCUGAGUGCUCCCUCCUAUACACGGUGACAGAAGAGGAAGAUGAAGACAAAGAGACAUAGCAAACCAUGUUCUGCUUUCCCCGUUGGGAUAAUCCUUUCGCUGUGUUUGCAAAUAAGUGCAAACCAUACUGACUAUCCCAGGGUUACCAAUGAAACCUGGAAUCCAAUCUGCCAAAACCUAACUUGUAGUCAGAACGUAACAGAAGCCAGUACAAAAUCUCCUCCAAGCACUGAUUUUAAUGGCAAACCAACAACUGCUUCUGAAAUGCAGACAGCCACCCCUCAGUCUUUAUCAUCAACACUGGGCCCAAUCACUUACACAUCUUCCUCAGCACCAAGUGUUCCUGGCACUGGAGGACCUAGGAAUACCAGCAAACCCAAGAUCACCAUGACAAAAGAAACAUGUGAAGACAAUAAGUUUCUUAUACUGAUUUGCUUCAUUAUAAUAGCAGCACUUGUGCUCAUCUGCACCUUCUUGUUUCUGUCUACUGUUGUAAUAGCAAAUAAACUGUCCUAUCUCAGAAAAGCUCGACAAGGAAAACGUCGGCCCAGGAGCAACGGUGAUAUUCUGGCUACCAACAGCUUCUGGCCAACUGCAGCAGGAACGUGGCAGAGGACACCUAAGGACACAACUGGAACUGACUUGGUAAUGCAGGACCUGCUAUCAGGGAGAGACGCCGCAAUCCGAAUGAAAACCCAAGACGAAUCUACUGAGAGGCACACUAAAGACACAGACAAUAAACACGAAGACAAAGAAACAAUGACACACAAAAGCAUUUUAACCAAUUUUGUAAUUGAGAUUUAGUCAGCUAAAAAGACCUUCAGCUUUUACGUUUUAUACUGAAUUUAUAUGAGACAAAAACUUAGCUUUCAAGUAACAACACACAUUUUAACACAGGAAAGCUAAACCUUCAGGUUUCUCAUUUUUAAGGUAGUGGGUAUGCUGUAAAAACCUGUACAUCUGGAAGGGAGUAGGAUUGCAUUCAAUGGAUUUUUUAAAAAUAGCACCAAGGCCGUUCGAACUCCUUUAACCAGAAAUCAUGGUUGUAGGAACCAAACAGGGUAAAGCAGGACAGAAGUUUGCCAUUUUCGAAGAUCAUGGAGGGAGAAAAAAAGGAAAGGA